AUGGAGAGGGCGGUGGUCUGCGACCCUGGCACCGGGUACAUCAAAAUUGGGUAUUCUAAUGAGACGUACCCUUCUGCCUGCUUCCCUUCGCUGGUCGGCAGGCCCUUGCUCCGGGCCGACUAGAUGCCUGAAGGGGUUCAUCUCAAGGAUGUCAUGAUUGGCGAUGAGACCUCCAAGCAUCGAGCCAUGCUGGAGCUGGCCUACCCCACCAGCGAGGCCGUGGUCCGCAACUGGUAGGACUACCGGCUUCUGCUGGGCUAUGCCUUCGACAAGAUCGGCUGCAAGGAAACCCGAGGCAGGGAUAUUUUCAUGACCGAGGCAGUCAACAACCCAGUGGUCAAUCGCGAAAAACUACUCGAGAUGCUCUUUGAAGGGUUCGAGUUUGGCCGGGUGCAGGUGGGCAUCCAGGCCCUCCUGUCGAUCUUCGCAGUGGCUGAGACCAGCGGCAUGCUGGUCGAUAGCGGGGAUGGAGUGACGCACUGCAUCCCUGUGCAAGACAUGUACGUCCUCAAGAACCACGUCGAAAGACUUAACAUCGCAGGCUCGAACAUAACCCGAUUCCUGGCCAAGCUCAUGCUGCGCAGAGGCUACGCGUUCAACAGCACUGCUGAUUUUGAGGUCAUCCGCGAGAUCAAGGAAAAAAUGUGCAUGGUCAGCCAUGACUUCAUGGCGGAUCGGCAGCUGGCCCAGCAGACCACCUGCUUCGAGAAGUUGAACCCUGACCAGACGUACACACUGCCGGACCGGUCGACUAUCCGCCUCGGCUCCUAGCGCUUUGAGGCCCCCGAAAUCCUGUUCAACCCUAUGAUCGACGGGCAAGAAGUCCCCGGCUGCGCAGAGAUGAUCUUCUCCUCGAUCAACCACUGCGACAUGGACUGCCGCAAGAUCCUGUACGGCAAUAUCAUCCUGUCAGGAGGGACGACCAUCAUCCCUGGCUUUCCGACACGCCUGAACACUGACAUUCGCAAGCUCUAUAAGGAAAAGGUCUUGAAAGGCGCCUCUGACAUCAAGAUCAAGAUCAGUGUCAAUGACAGCCCCUCCCGCAAAUACUCGGUUUUCCAAGGCGCCGCCUUCGUCGCGGAGACCACCCAGCCGAAAGACGAUAUCUGGGUGCUGCGCAGUGCAUGGCAGGAGAAAGGCGCCCGCGUGGUCCACGAGAUGGCCAACACCCUUCGUCUGUGA